ACAGCCUGUGUUGAAUUUUUGUUGCAUUGGAAUUUAAGUUCCAAUAUGAAAAAUGUCAUUUACAGAUGGAUUAUCUACUUAGUGCAUGAGUGAUAACUAAUCAUGGAGCAUUAUGAGCAUAUCCAUCUGAGAAUGUAACGAAUGAUCCCUGAUCCCUGAUCCCCGAUGCCUAAAUGUCCUGCAAAGUGAGUUCGGUUCCUUUUUGGGCUGUGAACUUUGCCAGGAAGACCACCAAUUCCAUUUUCCAGACUGUUCUUUAUCCAUUUCGAUAUUUGCAGUGUCUGGCGAAAUUCAGCAUAGACUUAAUUUCGUUAAUUUGAAUCAUUUGUUUAGUUUUUUCUUGUGCUGCGUUUUGUGGAGCUAUUUCAUCACAUGACGAAACUCUUGCAAAAAAUUCCCCACUGCCAAAGCUUUUUUUGAAGCGUUAUUCCGGUUUUAUUUAGCUUUGUUUUGUUUUGUUUUGAUAAUCGGAGAACGACGCAAAAUCCACGUACUCGAUAGCAAAUUGUGAAAACAAACGCGCGCGUUGGUAUUGGUGAGAGAGCAGCGAGCUACAGACGAGCCUCCCUAACGUGGACCUAGAUCAACCGCACUCACGUUAGUCUCAAUCAAUGUGUUGCAAAUAAUAUUAUUUUUUUUUUGUUAUUUAGCGCCAGUUUUUAGAAUAUGUUAGAUGCACAUUUAGAUUGCAGAUUUUGUUUAUUUAGAUACGUUUUAUAUUUCAUGGAUUGAAUUUUAAGGCCAAGAUUCACACACCUAUAAAUUUGCGAAGGGCUUUUUCUGUUGUCUAUUGAAAUGUUUAAUUUGUAUUGAGGUUCCACUGUUCCCCGUUUUUGUUCUGCGACGCAUUUCAGUGCUCCACCAGUGGGGCGUUCUCACCGCUUCCUUGCCCCUUUGCCCCUUUGCCGCCUUGCCGCUCCGCUGGCGCCGCCAACCGCCGACGCCGCUGAGCGUAUAAAAAGUGCCGGCCGGCAAGCGAAUGGCAUCAGUUUGCAAGCUUUCAGCUUUGUGGCAUAGCGUAUCCCAGCGAACUCUAAACCGUUAAACCAAGCAAAAAAGCAACUAGUAUUACACCAGUGAAGGUAAAUCGCAUUGAAGAUACUAUCAACAUGAGCGAGUUGUCCAGACUGCAGCAGCAGCAGCAGCAGGAUCAGGAUCGGGAGCGUGUUUCCCAAGAGCUGAUCGACUGCGAUAUUGACUUUGUGGAGGAUACGACCUCCAAGGUGGAGGAGGAGGCCAGGAUGCCACCAGCCAGUUCCAAGCGAUACACCAAAGCCCUGAAGAAGGUGACCAAGGUGCAGCGCAUGCUGGAGCAGGCCAUGAUCCUGCUGGCCGAGGAGGAGGCCAGGUGUCGGCAGCAGGAGCAGGAACAGGGCACCAAAAGGACCAAGAAGCAGCUGAAGAAGAAGGCCAAGAAGGACAAGAAGAAGGCCAAGAAGCUGGCCAAGCAACAGGCCAAAAAACAGGCGGAAGAGCAGACGGCGGCUGGCGAGGAGCCCUCCAACACCUCCAGCUCCAGCUCUUCCAGCUCCAGCUCAUCCAGUUCCAGCUCCUCCAGUUCGAGCUCCAGCUCCGAGGACGAAGAGGUAUUCUAUAACGGUUACGGCUGGAUCAGCAAUCCAUGGCGCCGAGGACCACAUGGCCAUCACGGCUUCGGUCGUCGUCUUGGCCACGGUUUUGGCCACAAGCAUGGUCGCAAGCAUGGCCACAAACAUGGUCACGGGCCGCAUCAUCAUGGCCGACAUGGACAUCAUGGACGGCCGCACCACCACCAUCCGCAUGGUCACCACUUUGGUCCCCAUUUUGGACCACACUUUGGACCUCACGCUGGGCCCUCUCCCUUUGACUUCGAUCGGAGAUCCUUUCGCGGACCUUGGCAUGAUCAGUCCCAGUUUUUUCAAUGGAUGGGCCUGCCGUGGGCCCUGGACAAUGCCGCGGCCAAUCGGAGGAGCCACUCGCUGCCUAGACUAUCUAGGCGCGACUGUCGUGGAGAUCUCGGAUUCGGAUUCGGACCAGGAUACGGAUACGGAUAUGGCCAAACGCGUCCACGACAUGGCCGUCGACUAGAGAGAUCACUUUCCCGUUCAACAUCCGGUUCGCUGGAGAGGAAGCACUGCCGCAAGCCGAGGUCCAGUUCCAGUUCCAGCUCCAGUUCUUCCUCGGAGGAUGAGAAGAAGAGGCAGAAGUGCAAGGGCAAGGGAAAGGGCAAGGAGAAGAAAAGACAGCAGCGCUCCUCAUCCAGCUCCUCAUCGAGCUCCAGCUCCAGCUCCAGCUCCAGCUCCAGCUCCAGCUCCAGCUCCGAUGGCGAAGUGCAGAAGAUUCCCCAUCGACGCGGGCACCACUUCGGACCUCCACAUGGCCACCACCACUUUGGUCCGCGCCAUGAAGGUUACCGUCCCCAUCACGGCGGACACCAUGGCCAUCACUUUGGUCCACAUCAUGGUCCAUUUGUCGAACAUGGACAUGGCCCCCAAUUCGGACCAUUCUUUGACGUUCCCCAAAGAGAAUCCGGUGAAGGACCGCGUUUUGAGCACCAGCCCCGUCCGGAGUUUCCUAUUGCCCAUCAUCGACCACCACCAGCUGAGUUCCCUCCAGGUCGUCGCAGUCGUUCUCUGUCCCGAUCCCACUGCCGCAAGGAAAAGCAGGAGAGUUUCCCCAAAGUCGAGAGGGAGGAGCGCAAGAAGGGCAAAAAGAAGCACGGAAAACGCGCUCAUGGACAUGGGCAUGGACAUGGACAUGGACAUGGCCAUGGACAUGGACAUGGACGUGAUUAGGCAAUCGCAGCCAGCGUUUAAGAUGCAUUAAGAUUCCUUCAAUACAACCUCCCACACAUAUAACCUUCAAUAUUACUAUACAUUUAACACCCAGAAGCUUCUAUUCUAUUAUUCUAUAAAAAAUCAUUAAAAAAACAUCUAAAAAAAUGAAAUUAAAUAAAAAAAAAACAAAACUCAAAUCU